AUGUCGGUGUAUAAUAUACAAGUAUGUGGAGGUACUGUUGGUGCAAUUCUGACAUGUCCCCUAGAAGUUGUGAAAACAAGGCUGCAGUCCUCCUCUGUGACUCUCUACAUCUCUGAAGUCCAUCUCAACACUGUGAACGGUGCUCCCGUCAAUCGAGUAACUAGAGUUUCCCCUGGACCUCUCCAUUGCUUGAAGAUGAUCUUGCAAAAGGAAGGUCCCCGUUCCCUCUUCAGAGGGCUGGGUCCUAACUUGGUUGGCGUUGCUCCUUCCAGAGCGAUAUAUUUUGCUGCUUACUCAAACUGCAAGGAAAAGUUAAACGAUGUAUUCAAUCCAGAUUCUACCCAGGUACACAUGAUUUCAGCUGGUGUGGCAGGUUUUACUGCAAUCACGACCACCAAUCCCAUUUGGCUAGUAAAGACACGGUUACAGCUUGAUGCGAGGAAUCGUGGAGAAAGGCGAAUGAGUGCCUUUGAAUGUGUCCAGAGAGUUUAUCGAUCAGAUGGUAUUAAAGGCUUUUACAGAGGAAUGUCAGCAUCAUAUGCAGGCAUAUCUGAGACUGUUAUUCAUUUUGUUAUUUAUGAGAGUAUUAAGCGAAAACUACUGGAACAUAAAACUUCUGCCAUGGACAAUGUGGAUGAAUCAUCAAAGGAAGCUUCGGACUUUGUUGGAAUGAUGAUGGCUGCUGCCACUUCCAAAACGUGUGCAACAUCAAUAGCAUAUCCCCAUGAGGUUGUACGAACAAGGCUAAGAGAAGAGGGAACAAAAUACAGAUCUUUCUUCCAGACACUAUCUUUGCUUGUGCGAGAAGAAGGGUAUGGAGCCCUCUACCGAGGCUUAACUACACAUCUGAUCAGACAGAUCCCAAACACAGCUAUCAUGAUGUCAACCUAUGAAGUGGUAGUCUACUUGCUGGAUGGAUAGCAGUGUCACAAGGCUUUCUAGAGGAAGGUGGAAGACCGAAAGACUCGAGUGGACUACCAAACGUCUGUGCCAGUGUUGCAGGCAGAAGGAAAGCUAUCAGGAACGUGCAGCUAUGGACAAAAUAGAAGAUUUAUUGUGGGCAACUAUGAUUGUACUGCCUUAUUGUAUGGUCUCCUGGCAAUGUG